GUUUGUGCUGCCAAAUCGGGACGAUUUUGCAAAAAUGUCAUUUUCCGCCAUUGGUGAUUGCCAAUUAAUUUCGCAAAUAUAUAAAUACAAGAAUCACCGCAUCGCAUGCAGCUUCAAAGUUCUGCCGACACCUGUGACCCAUUUUGAGCGGGAACCACAGAAUGUUUUCCACUGGAUGACGGCGGAUCGCUGGGACAGGAUCGAAGAUGGACUGUGGCGCCUGUUCGAGAACCUUAAAAACUGGCAGGAUGCCCACAAACUGCACAGGGAGCUGCUGAUCGAUCAUAUCAAUGUUCAGGUCCAGGCCACCGACAAACCGCAUACUGCCACGAUGACCUUAUUGGCAGGGGAGGAAGCGACCCCCAAGGAUCUCUGCCUGGACAUCCAGCUCCAAUACAUGACGCACGAGGACAAAACUAUUGUGGGCGUCCACACCACGAAGCGCAAACAUGCCACGGAUACAGAAUCCAACGGCUCCGGCCGCAAUAUUAAUUCCAACAAGGCCAAGGCGGCCACCUCGGGAUCUAAGCCGAAAGCUGGUGCACUAGAGAAAUGCUCGCAAUCGAAGCCCAAGCACAUAGAUGCCGACGACGACGAUGACUUAUUUUCCUCAGGCAGCAAACCGCCAGCCAUCAAACGCGAGCGCAGAUCCAUUUCCCAUGGAGGCGAGAAGGAAAAGUCUUCCAGUAGCGCUUCAUCCUCCCGCCAGGGAAAUCCUAUCAAGCGAUCGAAGAGUCCAGAUCAAAGGAGUUAUAGAUCCAGCUCUGUGGAGUCCAAGCCUGCUCGCCGCUCAGGCCGAUCACCAAUGCGUCCGAGUCGAUUUAACAAUUUCGUCGUAGGCGAGACGAAGGGCAACAAGGGUAAGAAAUCAAAGGUCAAGCCUAAACGUCCUACCCCAUCGCCACCCAAAGCUCUGAUGGUGGGGCAGAUGGACGGAGCCCGGUUUGAUGCACUGCAACGGCUGGACAGCAUGCUGGACAUGCCCAAGCCGCGAAAAGUUGAGAUUCUUCUCUUGGAAAAAAUGGGCGAAGCAGAUGUUUUGAAAACUUUCGACAAAUAUCGUACCGAUUUCGACAAGCUGUUCAAGGAUCGGGAGUUUAAGACGCGCACCCUUAGUUAUAUGAAUAUUUCUCACAUUGAAAUCAUGGACAUACUUAGCACGAAAAUUCACCAGAAGAUGCUCCAGAAACUUGGGGAUGUCUACAGCGGUAAAAGCAAUCAUACAGCACUGCUUGUAAACGGACUGCUCCCGCUGUGGAUAGUGCGCCUCUUCAUGGACACAUACCACUUUUCACAUUCAGAGGCAGUGCAGCAAAUACGUGACCAAAUGAAGUACCACUCGUAUCUGAAGGCCUUGAACGAUGACCCAUUGUGUUCCGACCUUGAAGACUAAACUGGUCCUUACAUGAUAUAAGAUUGUUACGCAUUUUGUAUUUUUACGAUAGAUAAAAUCUUAGGUAGCCAAUUUGGGCAAAUAGAGUUUGAUUUGGAAUAAGCAUCCAUUUAUA